UCCUUUGCAGGUGGUUUUACCCCUCUGUUGCCUGCUUUGUUGCUUGAGGGCAAUGGCUCGCAAGAAGGUGACCCUCCAGUACAUCCCCAACGACUCCACCCGGCGCGGCACCUUCAAGAAGCGCCGCCGGGGGCUGAUGAAGAAAGCGAGCGAGCUAUCCAUCCUCUGCGACGUCAAGGCCUGCGUGGUGGUGUACGGCGAGGGCGAGAGUGCGCCGGAGGUGUUUCCGUCUCCCGACGAGGGACUGGCCAUCCUGACCCAGUUCAAGAACAUGCCGGAGCUGGAUCAGUGCAAGAAGAUGAUGAACCAGGAGGGGUUCCUCCGGCAGCGCAUCGACAAGCUCCGCGAGCAGGUGCACAAAUCCGGGCGCGACUGCCGGGACCGCGAGAUCAGGUACCUCCUGCACAAGGCCAUGGUGGGAAACCUCCCAGGCCUCGAGGGGCUCUCGAUCGAGGAGCUCACCAGCGUGGGCUGGAAGGUGGAGGUGCUCCUCAAGAGCAUCGGCGACCGCAUCACGAAGAUCCGAGGCCUCCGGUCCCUCUACCAGCCUUCCCGCCAGGCGCAGCCGUCGCCGGAUGCCUACCUCGCCGGUGGCGCAGACAUGGGGGCUCCGGCGAUGUACCAGGCUCACGCGCCGCCGGUGCAGGAGAGAUGGCUCGACAUGGUGAGUUCUGGAUCGGGAGGUGACCUCAGCACCGUCGUCUACAGUGGCUUAAACGGUAGCCAUGACGGUGCCGGCAGCGGCACCAGCGCCAGCGCCGGCGAUGACGUGAUGCAGCCCUUCGAUCUGGGUGCGGGGUUCGCUUGGCAGUGGGCUGCCAGUCCUAUCCCGUCUCCGAUGAGUUCUUUCCUGACUCCCAUGUCAGCAGGGAGAGGCUGAUCGAUGUCCGCACUGCAUUCAUGCAUGCAAGGCCAGUCCAGCGUCUACGUCCCGAUUGAUUAUCGAUCAUCUCGAUCUUCUAUGUUUCGUCAGUUUAUUUCAUGUUCAAGGGUCUGGUCGUGCCAUCUUAGUUUGCUUCUGUCGUGUCGUGUGCCGUACGCCCUCCUGUUGUUGUCCGGUUCAGUUGUACAGUUUUAAUUUAAUCCUUGCAUGCAUGCCUGAGAAUA